UUGCUCCUGUGUGCACACAGCAGCCGCGGCAGUAUAGAAUGACUCGUCCUGCACUCCAACUCUGAGCACCUUCCCUCGCGAUUCAGAAGGAAAAAAAAAAAAAAAAAAAGCAAUGAAAGAUCUACUUUUACUGCUGGUUCUGUUGGACGGCGACAUUAUCAAGGUCUGUUCAUCGCCCUAUCCACCACUCUCUGAUGGGUCCUGUCGGAAUAAAACGGCCGAGUAUCUGGACCAAGACGUGAAUCGUUGCUGCAAACGGUGCCGCCCAGGAUAUCGGCGAGUGCAGUCUUGUACUGAAACGGACGAGACAGAUUGUAAGCCAUGUCCUGACAACCAGUACAUGGAGCAAUGGAACUACAACGCAAAUUGCUUCGUCUGCAACACAUGCAAAUCAACCAAAGGUCUGCAGUUGGCAAUUGGGUGCAUGCGUACGCAAGCAACAGAGUGCAAGUGCCAGCCGGGACAUUAUUGCAUAGAUUCUGCAGCUUCAUCCUGCCGCGAGUGCCGGAAGUACACUGUAUGCCGAGCAGGUUCUGGAGUCACGAAGCAAGGAACGGCCAACUCUGACGUGAAGUGUAAGCCGUGCCCUGAAGGCUCCUUCUCUGGCAUCGCUUCCAGCUCACAUCCAUGUCAACCUCAUACUCGGUGUCGAGGAAGAGUUAUUACAAAUGGAAACUCCAUCAAUGAUACAGAGUGUGACCUUGAGCAUCACGCUGAAACAACAUCAAGGACCAUGACCUUGUUGAACAGUGCAGACUUGGAGCCUACUCUAACGCCUACGCAGGAACUGCCGGACUCAACAAGUGCGCACACAACACAGUGGGGCACUUCACCAACGUAUACGCCAAAUACAGCCCCUGAGGAAACAGACAGCAAAUUCGCCAUCGGCAGUGCUUGUGGUUUGUUCCUCAUUAGUCUCCUCAUCGCCGCCAUUGUUUUUCUUUUGCGGAGGCGGAAGAAAGGUGACCACAGAAAUGUUUCAGAAUUUGAUGCUAAUGGAAAUUGUGAGAGUGGAUAUGAGAUCAGUCGGGAUUACUCAGGGAAACCUGAGCUGACAUUGAGAAGCUUUAACCCUCCAGAGCAACACUUGAUGCUCCUGAAUAAGGAGGCUGACCAAAGUGAAUGCAGCGGCAACAGUGAUGCAAGGACAAAGAGCUUCUGCGGAGAGGAAUCCAUUGGCCCUCUGCUCUCUGACUUGGUGUUCCCUAAUCCUCCCAAUACAGAAUCUGUAACUUCAGCUUCCAGCGCAGAACCAAUCUCACCCCAGCCGGGCUUCCCAAUGGACUCUUCUCAGCCUUCAAGCCCUCACAUCAUCAGCCCUCAAGCCAACAGUCCACAGGUCAAUGUCAACAUCACUGUCCACUUUGGAAACGGGUCUGGGGGAUCCUUCAAGGCCAUGGACGCAUCUGACGCGGAAGCUCCAUUUCCACAGGAAGAAGAACAUAUUAGCAUUCCCCAACAAGAAGCUGGAAAAGAGUUUGUGCUCUCUGUGGAAGAGGAGGACAGUCCAUGCAAAUGAGC